CUAGUAAUUUGGAUUAACGUAACAUUACAUAUUAUUUUAACAAUAUGGGUUUGUCACUACUUCUGUAUUUAAUAACGAUCAAAUAUACAAAUGCAGCGUACUUUCACGAACAAUCAAGGAUUUACUUAGAACCUAAUGCUAAAUCUGCCACGGGAUUUGGUUCAUCUAUAAGUUUUUUUAAUGAAACACUUUUGGUCGGCGCACCCUACGCCGAUUUAAAUGGGGCUGUAUUUGUGUGUCCACUAAAUAUCGUUGCAAGCACGAAGUCUAUUGUAUGCUCUGAUAGUGGUAUUAAUCUUAACGAUUAUGCAAACGAAUAUGACAGGUCCUUAUAUCCAAACCAACAGUUCUGUCUCGGUAGUUCAAUUGCAGCAACAAAAUCCUACUUUGUGACAUGUGCUCCACUAUGGGCAAUGAGUUUGAAAUUGCCCAAGAGUAGAUAUCUAGAUGGUGCCUUUGGUACAUGCUUUGCUUCAACAGAAUACAAUUACACAAAAACUAAUCGUCUGGUUGAACACUACAAGAAGUCUCUGGAGUCCAAUCUUACGGAUGCUCCAAACACUCCUGAUCUUUAUGGGACUUUUGGUUGGUCGACCUUAGUAGACGAAGUUAACAAGAUAGUUGUAUUUGCGAAACCAGCGAGCAAUCAGGGCUUAAGUAGAAUAAGUUAUCAACCGAUUGGAACUUCGAGUGGCUUCCCUAAACUCGUGCAGGAUAUAGAUAAGGGUAUAUUAAUGCUGUACAAUUAUAAAGGGCGUGCACUUGCUAAUGGUGAAUUUUUUAAAUAUUAUAAGUCAUUGAUUGCAUUCAGUAUGGAGAAUGAUAGGCGCAUAGGAGCUGUCGGGUUCCUCAGUUACAACACCACAAACGAUGUCUUGUCAAUAGUGAAAGAUCCAAGCACCGAAAAGGCGCUGCAUUUCAAAGAAGGUUCAGUGGGUUCGAUGUUUGGUGCAGCUUUACACGCUGCAGACAUAGAUCAUGACGCGUUCUCGGAUUUGUUCGUUGGAGCGCCUGGAUUGGCCUGUUGGGUCGGAAGUUAUGAGGUGGGAGCGGUUUACAUAUAUAUCGGAGGAGAAAAGGCAAGGUCUAGAACCAAAGAAAAUCUAUAUAUUUGUGGUAAAGAGGAUGGUUCGCGAUUCGGUUCAGCUAUUGCGUCAGCUGAUCUGGAUGACGAUGACAUACCAGAAUUAUUUAUCAGUGCACCAUACGAGGGAACUGGCACGGUCUAUGUUAUCUCUGGCAGAGAAGUUAAAGAACAAGUGCUACUUAAGAAAGAAAAUCUUUUAAUUAAAGAUUUGAAAAAGCAGGAGAUAAAAAUUUCAGACUUCCAAACGUUUGGCUUCAGUCUUCAUGUUAUACCAGCAAUUGAUCGGACGCAACUAAACGCUUUAGCGGUUGGCAGUCCAAACAGCCAGCGAGUUACUAUAUAUCGGAGUAUACCUACAAUUACCGUAACAUUAAAUGUUGUAGGUGACCAGGUAGUGCGUGAAUCUCACGAUAACUUUACGAUUCCCAUUCAAGUAGGAAUAAUAUAUCCCAGAGCUGUCAAUGUUACGGCAAAACUUACAGUCAAAGUAAGCCUUGCAAGUAACAUGUUCGCCGAAAUUGACGGAAAGGCCGAAUUUGAACAGGAUAUUACGGAGAUGAAACCGUAUUACUUAAUAAAUUUUCUAGUUAAAAUGAAUGAUCACGAUCCUCACAUUUACAAAUUCAAAGCGGAAGUAAAGACGAAAGAAAUUAAAGAUGUUUACGACAGUUCGAUUGUAAGACUAAGCUCAUACAGCAAAACAGAAAUAGUCUACGAUGUCACACGCACCUGCGACGACGAUGUGUGUAGACCUCGACUAUCUGCGACCUUUGAUUGGUCAGGAAGGAACGAUACAUACAUAUUGGGAUCCUCUGAAGAGGAGACGAUGAUAGUGAACGUGUUAAAUGACGGAAAUAGCUCGGAUGUCUCCUGCGCAUAUAUCAAAGUCACGGGAGCACCUGUCGCCUUACUCGAAUGUGAUCAACCCGAGGAUUCCUGGUACAGGUGUAAUUUAAAGAUCGAGAGACAUGAACUGAUACUCAUCAAAAUAACACUGAAUAUGAAAAGAACAACGAGUACGGACGAGAAACUGGUGGUGGAGGUCAUUUUAUACAACGACUCACCAAUGUCAAGGGUUAAAUCCGAAUAUGAGCCGAAAACAAAAGUUAUACCUUAUAUAUUGAAUUCGAACGAUAUUGUUGUAAGUGGAUCGACUCGCGAUGAAAUUAUAACAGAGAGUAAGCUGAACAAUGAGAACACGACAAUUAAUAUCCAUGCAUUGUUUAAGGUUACCAAUGAGAGAUCAGUCUUAUGGAAAGGCGUAAAGGCCGAACUUGUAGCUACCGGCCACAGCUUCAUAGAACAUUUUAAGGUGUUUUCAUCAGACUUCCAGGAAUGUUCUCUAUCGGAGAACUUCACAUACCACUGCAAUUUAGAUAUAAAACCGAACACAAUCGUACAGAUAGGGACAACGACUCAGUUAUUAAAAAAUUACACAGUGAAACAGUUGAGCAUUGACAAACUGAAAACAAUGACAACGCUGAUACUGACAGUAAGCAAUCGAUUGGAAUCUAAAGAGAAGAUAUUGACAACAACGCUAUCAUACCGUAAAGAUAAAACAUUUGCUCAGAAUCAAACUUCAAUAAUAAUCGCCGCGUGCGUCGCUGCAGCAAUAAUUUUAGCACUGUUGAUUUAUGGAUUAUACAAGAUGGGUUUCUUCAAGAGAGAGGAAAAGAAGAAACUAGAGCGACUGAGGAGUACAAUUAGAAGACCUGCUCCCUCAGAACCUGGAAUAUCAGAUCAAAGACGCGAGUCAGCAUUUCCGUCAGAUAAUGAGGAUUGUACGGAGCUAGAAGUCAUCGACUGUUCGGAGGACGUGGUGCAGAAUUUGCAAAGUUCAGAAGCGGAAUCACGAGAUGAAGUGGUUCUUAUUGGAAAAGAAAGAAACAUUUUAUUGCUCAUACGAGUUUGGAUGGUGGACAGCUUCUUCCAUGAAGCAUCAAUGAAGACUUUUGAAGCACCUAUAUCUGUAUCGAAAAAAGGAUUAUUUGGUUACAGUAUUUCGUACGAGUCAUCAAAAAAACGACUGAUAGCUGGCGCACCAAAGGGAGAUAUUAUAGGACAAGUAUUCACAAUUGGACUUGGAUCGGAAAGGACUGGGUUUCAAAAAAUUACCUUUAAAGAAUUGAAAACCAAACUCGCUUACACAAAUAAAAAAAGAGCGCAAAGCUGGUGGCUCGGCACCUCUGUCGCUGCAUCAGAUGAUUUCUUCGUCACUUGUGCUCCACGUUACACUGAUGAUGAACCUAUAAAAAAACGGAACGCAUAUGAUAAGAUGUUUGUUAAUUAUGGUGUUUGUGGCAUAGAAGGUAAUAAUUCUUCUUUAAGAUUCUUAAAUCCAAUGACGGCUAAAGACAGACAGCGCAAUGCAACUGGGAUAGUAGAGAAUGCUAUGGACAACUUUGGGUGGAGUAUAAAAAUAAAGGAACCUGAAGAUAUCGUGCUUAUAGGAGGACCAUCUCAAAUUACAGGACGAGUCAUAGUUUAUCAACAACCGAAAAAAAACCCGAAUAGAUAUCCUAUUUUAAUUAACAAGUUUAUCCUGCCAAAUGACCCUGUUCGUUUUAAUUUUGGUUACAGCAUAACUUAUGGAAAUUUUUUUGGUGAUAAAUCGGUGGAAUACGCUGUAAGCACUACUUACGGAGACGUGGGAUUUCCAAAGGUUUAUUUUUUUAACUCAAAAUUUGCCCACAUAAAUACCUUAACACACGAAGAAAUUGGUACUUUAUUUGGAGGUUGCCUAUGCACUGUUCGGUUGUCAGCUGAUUAUGAUUCUCUGUUAAUUGGUGCUCCGUUGUAUGCGAAAUCGGCCUAUGAAAGUGACACAGGCGCUGUUUAUGUAUUUCAACCAAAUUCUGGCACUUCUCCUACAAUGCUUACUCGUAAGAAGAUUCUAAAAGGCAAAUCUCCGGGUGGGCGUUUUGGUUUAACGAUGGUUAAUCUUGGUGACAUGGACGGUGACGGCAAAGAUGAAGUUGCAAUAGCAGCACCAUAUGAAGACAACGGGGCUGUGUACAUUUACACCGGCAAUGCUUUAGAUAGCGAACCGGAAAAAUACAUGAUGAAAAUCAAGCCAGAAGGUUUCCAGACUUUUGGGCUAAGUCUAGCCACAUUAUGGGAUUAUGAUGAUAAUGGAAGCAAUGGUCUAGCCAUUGGUGCACCAGAGAGUGAUAAGAUAGUCAUAUUAAGAUCCUUUGCAUCAGUUACUGUAAAUUUAAGAACGGAAUUUCCUCUUUUACAGUUUGAAAGUAACAAGAGCGAUGAGAAUAUAACCUUUAAAGUGAUUUUAUCUGUUAUUUAUCCGAAAAAAGCGAAAAAUGUAACAGCUGAUAUCAAAGUGACAGCCGAGUUAACGGAUGAGCAAUCGAAAUUUGUAAAAAAUCCAGAAAAUGGAAUAUAUUCAUAUACUCAAUCGUUAACAGACAAAUUGUCGUCAUAUAAUCACACUAUUCCCGUGACUGUUGUUAUUCCGAGAAAAGAUGUUUUUCAAGUGAUAUCAUAUAGAAUAAAGGUGGAAUUAAUGGAAGAUCCAACGACAAUACCUUUUGAUCCUAGUCGUGUCCUAUUGAGUGAGAGCAGCACGUUAUUUGAGCAAGGCACAAAGACGAGUUCCCGUUGUACCGGGGCGAGAUGUAUGCCUAAUCUCGAACCUACAUUGACGACAUCAUUAAUGGACAAAUAUAUAAUAGGUUCAACGGAUAGAGAAUAUUUUAAUAUAUCUAUAUACAACUCUGGUGAUCAUGCAUACGCUCCUUGUAUAAAGGUAGAAGUCCGUGGAGUUCGAAUUCUGAAGGCAUCAAAAGACUGUGUUCUGGGUUUAUAUGAGGAAUUUAUUUGCAGUCCUACCAUUUCCGUUUUGAAGGAAAAUACUUGGAAUGUUACCUUUAUGGAGAUGGAAAUGAAUACUUUAAAAAGUGAGGAUGAAAGCAUAUUAAUUAAAUACGAUAUAUAUUCUCAUUGUGAUGACACUAUAGAUAGAAAGACAUUUGAAAAUCCUAUAAAAUUGUAUCCUGAAACAAAGUUUGAGAUAAAAGGACAAUCAAAUCCCAGUGAUAUUAUAAAUACAACGAUAAAUGAACUCAAAGAUUUUCAGAAACAAAUUAAACACGUGUAUACGAUAACCAACGAUGGAGUUACCAACUGGGUGGAUUUAGAGUUUCAAAUCAGUUUCAAUAAUUCACACCAUAUCAACGUUUUAAAUAGUUCAGCUUUGGUUUAUCCGGAGUCAGGUGCAAUACAAUGUGCAAUGAACAAUGAUUUUCAUGUUAUUUUUGUCUGCAAUUUCCCGUUAAAUCGUAAACAAAAAGCACAAAUACAUGUUUCUAUAGAGUUACAAAAGGAUUCUUUCGGCGAGACUGAUGAAGACACUACAGCUGUGAUUGUAUCUGAGUUGUACUUAGUAACGAAUCAUGUGAUGUCCGUACGUUUUUACGAUACGUUUUUAAGUUUAAGUACAAGUCUUCAUAUAAGUUCAACUCGCGUAGCGCUAUGGAUAAUAAUACUAUCAUCAUUACUUGGUCUUCUCCUACUCAUAAUAAUAGCAUUUAUUAUGUAUAAGUGCGGUUUCUUCCGGAGAAAUAAUCGAGAAAAGUUAGAAGGCUUGAAGGAAAGCGUUCAUCGGCAGAGCGUUUAUCGUAAAUCAAUGCGCGCAAGUAUGCUUGCAGCAGCCAGAUCCAACGCGGGACAAGACAAUUCCGAACUUCUAUUUAAUGAAGACGAUUUACAAAAUGAAUAAUAUUACUGUUUUAAUUUAUUAUUUAAUUAAAUUAAAAUGUAAUAUUAUUAGCUUAUCUCAUUGUAAAAAUCUAGUAUUAUAAUCAUCGACGCACAUAUCUCGCAUCGCUUUGUGUAUGCCGUGAAAAUAUAAAUACCGCUUUUAAUCAAAAUUGCUUUUAAAAUAUACCCAAAACAGAAACGCAAUAGAUACUUCAAUCACACGGACGGACUUAAAACGUAAUGAACAAAUGUUGUUAUAUAUGAAUGUGUAUACAUAAUAUUACUACUAAAAAGUGUAAAUUUGCAACAUUUCUCAUCUUAAAUGAAAAAUCUUAGGAAGUUUUAAUAACG